GACCCAAACCCUACCUGAUCUCGUGAUAGGUGAUAGUUUUAUUACCUCAAGUUAAUUAUGAGAUAUCUUAAUUUUACUUAAUCGAAUAGAAUAAUGUAGGGUAUCUAGUAACAAAGUACACGUUAACAUCCCUAAUUAGUACCUCCCAUUUUGAUUAACUUUGGGCUUUUUCUGAAUUUGUUCAUGGGCUGGUUCUAAUUAAUUAGAGGGCCCAUUUUGAAAGCCCUAAGUGCAAAAUUUCUUCUUGCUCCAAUCGCUAAACCCCGAUCUUCAGGGUUUUAGUUACAGGUCCUUACUUUUCUGAGAAAAACAUGUUUACCCUUUAAUUUUUCAUUUAAAAUUUCCUCUUGAUUCUGAUUAUAAAAAUACAACUGAUUGAUUCAAUUUACUAAAAAAAGGGGUUCAUUUUCCCCCCAGAGAAAUGGCGUCUCAAGCAGCAACUACUUUCAAUGGCAACUUAAAGAAAGCACUAGCUGGCCCGAGGCGUAUCAAUUUGGAAGGUUUACGGUGGAGAGUAUUGGACGCCAAAGGUCAGGUUCUUGGAAGACUAGCAUCUCAAAUUUCUAGUGUGAUUCAAGGCAAGGACAAGCCAACAUAUGCUCUGAAUCGUGAUGAUGGUGAUAUGUGCAUUGUUAUUAAUGCCAAGGAUGUAUGCGUUACAGGAAGAAAACUUACAAAUAAGUUUUAUCACUGGCAUACAGGAUACGUGGGCAACCUCAAAGAAAGAAGUUUAAAAGAUCAGAUGGCUAAGGACUCGACAGAAGUUAUUCGCAAAGCAGUCCUGCACAUGCUUCCAAGGAACAAAUUGCAUGAUGAUAGGGAUCGAAACUUGAGGAUAUAUGCUGGUAGUGAGCACCCCUUUGGUGAUCGGCCGCUUGAGCCAUUUGUGAUGCCUCCCCAAAAAGUACGAGAAAUGAGGCCCCGUGCAAGAACAGCCUUGAUUCGAGCUCAAAAGAAGGCUGAAGAGCAAGAACAGGAUGCUGAGUACUCAGGAAAAAGUGCCAACAGCUCAGGACAACGUCACAAGAAGACUAUCCAACUACGAACUGAAGACCUAGAGACUGCUGUGCUUCUGCCGCAAGUGAUUCUGAGUGACAUGUUGAGACUAUAGCAGCAGUAGAAGAG